AAUAAAGAUCAAGGAACUCUUUCAUUGACUAGUACCUGUUAAGGUUUAAACCAAGAAAUUAAACAAUUGCUAUUAUUGGAAAGUUGAAUUACGAAUAGUAUCCACAGAUUUACGCGUAUAAAGGCGGUUACACCAUGAAGUAAUAUAUAUAGACCAUUAAAUCAAGUAUAAUCAUAUCGAAAUGUUUAAGAAGAAAAAUAAAGCAUAUCAGUUAUUGCCAAUGGCUCCAACUCCAACCCCUUCGGUUUCUUCUUCGAAUGAUAACCAAGUAUUGGCAAAUUAUAAAACCAAUGAAAAUAUUGAACAACAUUCAGUUGAAGAAGAUUUAGAAAGCCGGAAUGAUGGAAAAAUCAAAGAAGUUGAUGAGAAAUAUGCUGAUUUGACAUUAAAAUUAAUUCAAGAUUAUGGUGAUAAAGUUCAGCCAUUAACACCAGAGCAGGAAAAGAAAUUAGUUCAUAAAAUUUACUUUUCUGUAGUUCUAAUUGGAUUUUUAGUUAAUUUUACGUUGUUUUUGGAUAAAAAUGCUAUGGGUUAUGCAACUUUAUUGGGACUUUUUCAAGAUGCUCAUUUAACUCAAGAAAGUUUUAAUAAUUUACAAACCUUAUUUUAUGUCGGAUAUUUGAUAUCUCAAGUUCCUAGUCAUAUUUUAUUUCAAAAAAUAAGGUUAUCGAGAUACAUAACUAUAGUGACAUUUACUUGGUCUUUUCUUUCUUUAAUUCAAUUGACAGCUCAUAAUUUCCUGGGUUUAGCUAUUAUUAGAUUUUUAUUAGGUUUUUCAGAAGCUGGAGUUACUGCUGCUAUACAACAUACCUUAGCUAUGUUCUUAAAACCUGAUGAACAUCAAAUUGUUAGUCAAAUUUGGUGGAUUAGUUGUUUGGCAGCUGGUAUUCCUGGUGGUUUAAUUGCCUAUGCUGUUCAAUUUGUAGUUGGAGUGGCACCUUGGAAAGUUUACUGGGCAAUCAUUGGAGCUUUUACGUUUGCUCUUUCACUUGCAUGCUUCUUUUUUUACCCAGAUAAUCCAGCUACUUAUAAAGUUUUUACAAUUGAAGAAAGAGUUCAUAUAAUUAAUAGAGUCAAAGCAGCUACUAGAUCAUCUAUCGAACAAAAAACAGUUAAGAAAUAUCAAAUUAAAGAAUCUCUUAGAGACCCAGUCCUGUGGCUUUUUGGAUUACAUGUAUUCUUAUUGAUGUUUGCCAAUAAUAUGACAUUCCAAUCAGCUAUCAUUUACAAAGAUUUAGGAUUUUCAAAUUUGUCUUCUACUCUUGUAUCAAUUGCAAGUGCAUGUUGGAGUGCUGUAUUAGCAAUUGCAGGAGGAACAUUAUUAUUCUUCUUUAGAAAUCAAGCUGCACAUGUAGGAACAUUAUUCUGUAUGGUUGCAUUACUUGGUGGUAUAUUAGCAAUUUCAUUACCUUGGGAAAGGAAGAUUGGACUAUUAGCUGCAAUCUUCUUAAGUAAUGGUACAGGUAUAUGUUAUACUGCUGCCUUAACUUGGUCACAAGGAUCUGCUGCUGGAUAUACAAAGAAAUUAAGUCGAACAAUUAUUUGGUUUUUGGCAUAUAGUGUUAUUAACUUAAUUGCUCCUCAAUUCUGGAGAAGCAAAGAUAAACCCAGAUAUUAUCCAGCUUGGGGUCUCAUGAUUGCUGGUGCUUGGGUUUCAUCUCCAAUAGUUUUACAAAUUAUUCGUUACAUCCUUGUGAAGAGAAAUAAAGAAAGAUUAAUAUGGUUAAAGCAAGUCGAAGAUGGCUUAAUUGAAGAUACAAUUGGAUACGUUGAUGAAGUUGAUGAAAACGGUAACUUAGUUAGACGAGAAGUUGAUAUUUCCAUGUUAGACUUGACGGAUUUAGAGAAUAAGAGAUUUAUUUACCCAUUGUAGAAGGCCUUAGUAUUAUAAAAUGAAUGGUUCAAUGUACGUUCUUCAAUAUUCUACAUUGUACGAUAAUUUAAAUUUAUGAAGUAUCAUAACAAUAAGUAACUUUCUCUAAGUUUAAUAUUCGAGUGUACCC